UUGUAUAUUUGUGGCAGGAAACCGAGGAAGGUGCAAAUGUAUCACUUGAUUGUGACUUUAACUGUGUUCUUUGUGAUAGAAAAUGGUAUAGUGAUUCGCAACUCCUAAAGCACACGUCACAUACGUGCUUUAUUAAACUUUGCAUUAAUGAAAAACCGUUACAUAUUACCCUGCAGCGGGUCGUUAACCGUCAAUUUGUGGUUUUAACGAUGGAGUCACAAUGCGAGUGCUUCAUGUAUUUUCCUGCCACCCAAAUUUCGAGUAUGUCAGAUGCUGCGAAGUAUACGACUCUUCCGCGGCGAAACCACGUCUACCUCGGGGAGACUGUGCAGUUCCUGCUAGUAAUGCGGUCUCGGAGAGCCGGAGAGAAGGAUGGUGGCUCUGGUAUUCUACCUUGGAAAGACCUAGCGGAUUCUUUGACGGCUCUGGCCAGUGUGUGCGUCGCCGAGAGCGAACUGCAGACACCCGGUGAGUCCCCGGUAGACCUCCGGAGCAGCAGCAGUGAAGACAGUGUGGAAGUGAGAGCCGGGGACAGUGAGGCUCUAACCACAGACAACCGGACCUUUCGACAAUGUAUACCGCUUCUCAGCCACAAUUUCACGCCCAGUGGUGAGAUACAGCUUGGAAGGGAACAAGUGAAGUCUGCUCUGGUGCUGGAUGACCAAGUUAUCUUCUGUCUCACUGUAUCUUUGGAGAAACUGCCAAUCAGCACAAACAAAGCCAAGUUUGUAGUGACUGUAUGGAAGCAGGAGGAGGACAAGGGGGAAUUAAGGGAAUAUGACUGUCUGACUCUUCUGCAGCUCAGGAGUCCAACUCACACCUUCAAACAAAACCUGAGCACCUUCAAGACACAGGUCAGCACCACUCUGGAUGUUCUUCCACCUCCCAGUGUCCAGUGUCAGCAGAUGACCAUCUCUGGAAAACACCUCACUGUCCUCAAGGUGUUGAACAGCUGCUCUCAAGAGGAUAUGUGUGUCAGAGAUGUGAAGAUCCUUCCAAACUAUAACUCAUCAUACCUCCCCAUGAUGCCAGAUGGCUCAGUUCUUAUAGUUGACAAUGUCUGCCACCAAUCAGCGGAGAUCACCAUGACUUCAUUCUGUCGGAUAGACAGCAAAUCAUCACAUUUACCCAGCAUGCUCAGUGCCCUGGAAGAACAGAACUUCCUAUUCCAGCUGCAUUUAGAAGAAAAAAGAGAAGAGGACUCCAGUGAGGGUUUGGAAGUCCCAUUGCUGGCUGUGUUACAAUGGCACACACCAACACUUCCUUUCAUGAGAUACAUCUCUACUUUUUACUCAUUGCCUAGUAUCCGCAUACAUCGUCCUCUGCUGGUGAUGACAGCUUCCAGUCCCACAACUGUUAGCCCUCUGGAGCACUUCUGGGUAAAAUACACACUGCUGAACAACUUGCAGGAUUUCCUGGCCAUUCGUCUGAUAUGGAAUUCUGAGGCUCCUACAAGUCAGCUAGACCACAGUGUGGGAGCAGUGGUGUGCCGGUCUCCCCUCAACAACCUGGGACAGUGUAGAAAAGGUUCUACCCUCUCCUUCACAGUUGCCUUCCAAAUUGUCAGAACAGGACUUUUUGAGAUGAGCCAGCAUAUGAAACUAAAGCUGCAGUUUACAGCCUCUGUGUCCACUUCUCUCAUGGAGCUUAAGUCAUCCCCAAGGAGCUCUCCAUUAUCAUCCAGCCCUGUGCAACAUGAUCUCAGCCAGUCUCAAAGCUUUUCCCACCAACAUCCAUCCAGGUCACGCUACUUCAGGUCAGACGAAGCAAUGGAAUGUCAGGCCAUGACCCCACUUAUAGGAUCUGUGGGCAGAGCCCUCUUCUCAUCCAAUGACCAUUCCCUCAUUCCACUGGCAAAAAUAGCCAAGAGACAGUGUAAGGUGUUAGUGCUGGAACCAAACCUAGAGGCACACAUCAGAUGGCCUGGAGUGGAGGGAUAUACUACAGAUCCAAACAUUCAAGCCCUGUAGUUGUGCCUGGUUGGCUUUUUAACACAGAGCAGCCUCAGGCCCAUUCCAGCCACCAGAGUCUCAUCUUCUGCUUGGAGGAGAUACAUGCUGCAGUCCCUACCUGGAUGGAGUCAUCCAGUAAUGAAUGGAAACAAAUGUAAUUGACCCAAAUGGAGUGGCGACGAUGUCAUGCACAGAGGAGGAGGGAGGAAGGUAGUUGUAGCCUUUUCUAAAAGGAAGUGAUUUCUAUAUUGAGUUUAUUUUUAAAAUAGGACAGAAUUUGAAUGUUGGUAAGACAGUAGACCUGUUGCUUUGGUUGAGUAUAAUUGUCCAUAAGCUCUUUAUUUAUUGAUAAUGUUGGAUUGUAAGUUUGUAGUUCUGUAGAAUAAAUUUUUUUAAUUAAUGUUUAUGUCUUUUGUUUGACCUUUCAUAUUCACUCCAAGUACUGUACUGUAUGUACUCCAGUACAGCAGUUUGUCAGCAGCUUUUACAUUGUAUACUCCUCAUUUUGUUGUUAAAGAACACAAACUCCAAGUGUUCAGCAUAUAUUAAAUAGUGGCUGAAAACGAUUUCAGUGACUUUUAUCUAUAGUGUAAGUCCUCUGUGUCUACAGUAGAAACAACGCCCAGUGCUGCUUUGAAACGGCAAACUAAACUUCAGCUUCUGUUAACAUUUUGUGAGAGAAAAACUUGAAUUACAUUAAUUCAACAACCUUCAUUAUUUGUGAGAAUCAUACAUGUAAGCUGUUAGUGCCUGUUUUUAUCACAGUCAAAUUUUGUUUUUAAGGGCAUGCCAGUUUGACAUGAAAUUACAGAGCAAAGUUGAUGAGUAAGGCUUGUUUUUGUUUUGACACACAGAUUGUGUAUGUUGUCCUCUCUGUGAUGCUUUUGGGCCAGUAUUGUUGGUGUAAUGUAUGUGGAAAAGCCUUCCAUAAAUCACUUUACAUAACUUAAGUACCAUUGCCAGUGCAUGCCUUUUCAUUAAUUUGACCAGGUGCAGUUCAGACUUUUACCAUGUUGAAAGUCGUAUGGAAGUGUCACUUGGUCCAGUCCAGUAAGUUUGUUUUAUUGUCCCUAUCUUUUACAGAAAAUGAGAACGUCUUAAGAGAUGGGCCUGUAAGUGUCAAAGUUAGAUGUUCCACCUUGUUCCAGAACCCUUCUCCAGAAGGCAUUUUCUUUAUCCAUGUGAUCAGCAGCAAACUUCAGUCGUGCUUCUGGGCAUUGUUUCUGGAGAAAGGGGUUCCUUCUUGCAUGGCAGCCUCUUAGCCCAUGGCAAUGUAAAACACACUUGACUGUGGACACCGACAGCUAUGUUUCAGCAAAGUCUAAAUUCAGUGCACAUCUACUUUUUGGUGGUUGACUCUUGACCAUCCAGACAUUUUCUUUUUGAUUAUGACAAUAACACAAUAACACUUUACCAUGCACUUUAUAUAUACAGUAUACAUUUGCUUCAUCAGAUCUCUACUCAGCUUCUUAGACUUUCCCAUUAUAGUGUAUGUGAUGGACUCUAAUGAGUUUAACAAAUGAGCCCUAUUUGAAUUGGCUCAGAGGUCAGCAACUGUAGUCAAUUUUAAUCACUCAUAAGAAAGUAAGAAGUAAUGCCACUGAGAAAAUUUGAAUGAACAACUUUCUACAUCACCAAAACUGAUAUUUUAAGUAACUAUAUAUUUUUUUGACCAAGCAGAUUUUGUCAUAUUUCUAUGACACACGUAAUAAAUCUAUGAAAGAACCAAAAUGCAUGGUUGUUUUUUGUGACAAAAAUGCAUGUGUUUCAAUCAUUCGAUCACAGAGAAUUAGGAGUUGUACGAAUCAUUGGAAUUUGAUUAUCAAAUGGGCACUAUAAUAAGUUAAGACCAUUAAAAUAUUUAAUAAAACUGCAAACAUUAUGGAAUCUGAAACAUAUUUUUGCUAUUCACUUACCUUAUUAAAACAAUAUACAUAAUAAUUACAUGACACAUACGUUUAUAGAACAUUUACUAUUAGAGACAAAAGGGAAAUUCUUGUUUUGUUUUGGGUUUUUUUUACAAUAAUUUUCCAUAUGUGCAUGGUUUAGAUCUGUCUCACAUUGAACUGUCCCCACUUCCUAUGAUAGCUACUACAGUAUGAAAUCCUGUAGUUGAGACUGUACCCGUACCAUAACAUCAGAAAAAGUGUAUUAAACACCAAAAAAUUAAAUCAAAAUGGAAUGAA